AUGUUAAACAAGUCAUUGAGACUUAAUGGGCUAGCAGCAUAAAGUUAGUUUUAAAAUACUUAGUAACUAGAAAAGUAAACUACAUCCUCAGUUAAUAAUAACAGUGAACUUUAGGAUGUGAUGAGCUUUAGCAUACCUUAGAAUUAGAGACUUUAAACUCCGAAUAGCAAAAGUAUUCAAAUUACAUAACAAGUAAAGUAUCCUAAUAACAAUGAAGUAUUAAGAGAAAAUAACAAAACACCAAGAAGAUAAAUGACCUUUGAUUAAAAGAAUGCUGUCCAUAAGAUUCUUUCUCCUUUUAAAAAAUAUAGUGAACAUAAUUUUUAGCCUCUUGCAUCAAGUAGGACUUAGAGAUCAAUAACAUAAAAUGGAUAAUUAAAAAUUGAUAUUUCUCCUGUCAAAAAAUCUGAUAUACUUUCUCGCAGCUAGUGUUUUAUUAGUAAAAUUGAUUAAGAAACUUUUAUGAACAUAAAUACUCCUGUGAAAUCACAUUAAAGGCUAAAUAUGACUCCAUAGUAAAAGAAGCAAAUGCAAUAGAAAUAGUAUCAGGUUAUGAUUGAUAAUUUUACAAAGCACCAGAAUGAAUUGGACAUGUAUUAAAAAUUAAUAGAUGAAAAAACUAGGGAGAAAAUAUUACUUUAAAAAGAUGUUCAUGAAAUUAAAAAAGAAAUAUCUCUAGUAAAAGAAGAUAUAUUUAAGCUAUAGAAAUCUAAGUAGAAUUUUAAAGAUGAAAAUAAUAAAUUUAGAAAGAAUUUAGAGAAGCUUAAUUCAGAAAAGCUCACUAUUCAGCAUGAGGAUAAAAAUAUAGCUUCAGAUAUCAUUAAUCUAGAAGAGUAAAUUGAUGAUAUCAAAUUCAAGGCUAAAGAAAUUUCUGAUAAAAUAUUAUUGGAGUCAGAUGUUAUAAAAGAUUUAACCGAGAGAAUCAAACAGUAUAAAAAAUCAUAUUAAACCUUAUCAAAAGAUAAAGAUCACACUAGGAAUGAGUUACUAAAAUCAUGUAAAUAAAUGUAAAGACUAGAGACAAAGUUAAUUUAAUAUAGUAAAAUGAGCAAUAAUUUAAUGGCAUGCUUUAAUUUUAAGUAGCAAAACAAAAAGUGA